AUGCCUCCCGAGAGCCACAGGCUAUACGAUUCCGAUAGGUUUAUGUUUUACUUUCUUUUCAAGAAUGCGACCCCGAAGAAGGAGGAAGAAGCAAGGGCAGAUGCAGUUAGGCUCCAUCGCAGGGUGUCUCUCGAUUCCCGUUACUAUGUCUCGCUGGGUGUAAGCAUGAUAUUCGUCUUUCUAUGCCGGGCUUCCAUCAUGGACGUUCCGUGUCAUGGAAUGCUCCGUACCGCAUAA